AUGGACAAGUUGGGAAAGGGUUCUGGAUUCAGGAGAAAUACCUUGGUUAGGCCUCGGCAACCAGCAACCACACCUCUGGGGCAACCAGCCUCAGCUCCAUCUGUGUCUCCCGGCAGCACCCAACCCAGAAGACCUGUCAUUGCACAACCGGCUGCUCGGGCCUGGGCAGACGAGCAGGCAGCACUGCAGCAGGACCAGGUUCAACAGGAUAAGAUCUGGAGAGAGUCUGUGGAGGCUGAACAGAGACAAAGAAGAAUCUGGUACCAGAACUGGAGUUUCCUAAAGGACUAUGACCAAAUGGGUAAGAAGAAGGAGCAGAAGCCACUGCCAAACUAUGUGCCCGUGUUCUCAACCAAAGUUCCCAACUCCACCAACCAGACUAUUGGCAGUCGAAUGAACACUGAACUUGGCAAGGCUCUGGUAAACAUGGAUUACUUCUUCAGCAGUGGAGCACGAAAGAGAAAAUUUGAUGGUGAGCUCCAGCUUUCCUAG